AUGUCUUCUCAAAUUGUUCUGAUGACCGGCUGUUCAUCGGGUAUCGGUCUUGCGACAGCUAAACGUCUCGCUCUGGUACCGAAUCAGCGAUACAUCGUCAUCGCUACCGUCAUCGCGAUAUCCGAGAAGACUGACUUGGUAUCUGCCGUAGGGGACGCUCUCAAUAAGACAAUUUUUAUUGAGGAAUUGGACGUCACAAAGGAUAAUGACAUCACGUCCGUAGUGGAUAAAACUCUUAAAGAGUACGGGAGAAUCGAUAUACUCAUAAAUGUCGCUGGCAUCUGCUUCGUUGAGAUUCCCGAGCGAGUCCCGCGUGACAUGAUAGAGAAGAUCUUCAACGUCAACGUGUUUGGAGCGAUGAGACUCACCCAGGCAGUUCUGUCUCAGAUGAAAAAAAGAAAAGAUGGAAAGAUUGUAACCAUAACAAGUUUGUCAGGAAGAAUAGCAAUGCCAUACGCCGAGAUGUACAGUUCGACUAAAUUUGCCUUGGAAGGUUUCUUCGAGGUCCUGGCUGUUGGAUUACGUGCGUUCAAUAUUAGAAUUUGUGUAGUGGAGCCUGGGCCAGUAGCAACCAGUUUAUUGCACGGGCUCGUAAAGAAUUUUGACGCCAUACUCGAUGACGAAUCCCUCAACAUCAUCGACCGUCGACAUGUUCAAGGAUUCGUUGAUAAAUCGGCUAUUGGAGAAGGACAAUACAAUGUCAUGAUGGCAGACGAUGUCGCCAACUCCAUUGUGACAAGAUGUAUCGAGGCCGAGAAACCAGAUCUCAGACACUUCCUUCCAGAACAUCUCGGCGAGAUGGUCCAGACAGGAAUAGCCGACCUCACAGGAGAAAAGAUUGUCGAAAAUGGACAGUCUUUGAUCUGA